AAUUAAAAAAGAAAAGUUAGUAGAGAGAGAAAGGAAGAGUCACAGCUCAUGAGCAUAUAUUCCCUUCCACUCAUGUUUCCAGAUAUGGAGUGAGAACGUACAUACAAACAACAUCAACUCCUCUAAAUUUUUUUAUAAAGACCAUCACCAUCUGUCACAUAUUGAACCGUACCCUAAGAAAAAGAAGAUCAAAUACUACUGCACAUUUAUGUUUCACCCUUCCUCUUCCAAAUUUGUCUACCAAAUAUGCAGACUCAAAAAAUGAACUUGGUAAUGUCUACUGAUGCAAAGCCUAGGCUCAAGUGGACUCCAGAGCUUCACCAAAAAUUUGUUGAAGCGGUGAACCAGCUCGGUGGCGCAGACAAAGCAACACCAAAGGGUCUGAUGAGAGUGAUGGGGAUUCAUGGACUUACUUUGUACCACUUGAAGAGCCAUUUGCAGAAAGAUAGACUGGUAAAAAGUCAACCAUCAGAAACAAGUAUUAACACUAACCACGAAGAUUUCAGAGAUAUACAGAAUAUUGAUACCCAUUUGAGAGGAAAUGUCGACGAUGGAACUCAGAGUCAGAUUAAUGAAAGCUUGCAGAUUGCUCAGGUUCUGCAACUACAAAUGGGAGUGCAGAGAAAACUUCACGAACGGAUUGAGGUACAGAGACGUUUGCAGCUGAGAAUUGAAGCUCAAGGGAAGUACUUACAAUCAGUAUUGAAGAAAGCACGGGAAAUGCUCUUCGGGUAUGGUUCUUCGACUAUCAGUUUGGGUCUUGUGAAAGCUGAACUCUCUCAUUUAGUGUCAGUGGUAAAUUCCAGAUGUCCAAGUCCUUCAGUCUCAGAAUUAACAGAAACAGGAGGUUCAAUGCCGAAACAAGUAGAGAGGAAACAAAUGAGAGGCACAGUAUGUUCUGUUGAAAGCUCCUUGACAUCAUCUGAGAGCUCUGGGAGAAAGGAAGAAAAGCAACCAAAGAAUGAUAGCGGAGAGACCCUUAAGCCUACUAUGACUUCUACUGAACAUCCACUAAUGGAUAUCUACCAAAAUCAUAACCAUCCAAUUCAUGGUAUGGUCUUGGACUAGCAGCGUCAUCACUUGAGGUAGUUUGAUUUUCAUCCAGUACUUCUACUACGAUUGAAGGCGAAGGUAACCCAAAUCUCCUCAACCCUCCUCCGCUCUCCCACUUCUUAUUCUUAUUCUUCUUCCCCAUCUCUCUUCCUCUCCUCGACAGGCAUCUGAUACCUGCAAACAGGGCAUGACCUAUGAACUCUAAGCACCUG